AAGGUCCAUAUUUAAUAAAAUGAUGCGAAUGUAUUUAUAGUUUUGCCUUGAUAAAUAAAAUGACAAAAACGGAGUAUGAGUGUAUGACCUACAACAAUAAUUUCACAAUCCAAUAACUCCACCACUCAAUUACCCAACAUAAUUCCAACAGCAAAGCAAAGCAAAGCUGAGUCACUGAAUUCUUGUUAACAUUACCAAAAAUUAGAAAAAAAUAAAGGCCAAAAAAAUGCAAACAUUGGUAGAUUAUGGUACAUUUUUCAAGCACAAGCCAAGCCUUAAUUACUUGUGUUUCACCAAAAACAACAGCUCAAACUAUUGCUCAAAAAUAGGUGUACUUGGAAACAACAAUAAACACAUCUACAAUAAUGAUGAAAAAUACUUAGAGGUUGAUCUUAAAAAAGAGCUUAUUCCAAAACAUGUUGCAAUAAUAUUAGAUGGUAGUAGGAGGUGGCUUAAGGCUCAAGGAAAACCUCUAAAUUAUGAUCCUUUCUUUCAAGCUAACACCCUCUUUGCUGACCUUUGCCUUAAAUGGGGUGUUUCUACAGCCACCACUUUUAUUUAUUCUUUCAAAAACCUACAAAGAGGCCAAGAGGCCAACGAUCUAUUAUUCGGGCAGCUUGAAAAAUAUUUAGAGAGUAAUCUGCAGAAUUUUGUAAGGUACUGUAUUGAUUUACCAUUAUGGGCUUAUGGCAGCACCCUAUAAUCUUAAUUAUUACUUUAUUAGUUUGCAAAUCAUGCUAAUUAUCUUUAUGUAUCCUUUUGUAGGUGUAGUUGGUGCAUGUAAAAUGUUUCUUAUGGUUUAUAUAUAUAUAUAUAUAUAUUUUUUUUUUGAAACAUCUUAUAGUUUAUAUUGUGGAACAAAAGUUACAUAUUUCCGUUUGUUGAUUGGUUCUAAAUGAGUGUACGUAACAGUUUGUUUCAAAGCACUCGCACAUUUACUAGUACAUAAUUUUAACCUUUAAUAUAUGCUUCAUAUAUAUUUAACUUUAAAUUACAUUAGUAGAGAUUAUAAAAGUUGAUUUUUGAUCACUAAUCUUAAAUUACAACAUAUUGUAGAUAUAUUAUUUUUAUUAUCUCUAUUAUGUAAGCCAAAGGUGGAAGGGGUGGUUAAUUUAAAGGUGGUUUAUUUGUUUAAGUUAUUCAUUACAUUACAUUAUUUACAUGUUUGCUAUGAAAUUGAAGGAAAGAAAUAAAAGUUUCGAUGAUUGGAGAAAGAUUGGUACUCCCCAAGUCAUUACAAGACAUUAUAAAACAAGUGGAAGAUGUAACAAGAACAAAGCACACAGAUAAGCUGGACUUAAUGUUAGCAAUAUGUUAUUCUGGGACUAGAGAUAUAUUGCAAGCUACUAGGAACAUUUGUGAAAAGGUCAAGGCUGGGGUGAUCGAACCCAAAGCCAUUGACGAGACCUUGUUUGAUCAAGAGCUAUGGACUCGUGGCGCGCCUCACCCUGAUCUGCUCAUUCGAACUGGUGGUCGCCUCCGUGUUAGUGAUUAUUUGAUGUGGCAGUUAGCCCAAACCGAGCUGUACUUCUCCCAAGUUUCCGCACCGGAAUUUGGAGAAGCUGAGUUCCUCCAAGCCUUGCGCCCCUUUCAGCGAAGGGAAAGGACAUUUGGAAGUGAUCAUAUGUUAUAAUUUGCACAAAAGGUUAUUUGAAAAUAAUAUGGUAGAGGGGGGUAUAUCAUGUGCAUGAUACACUCGGAAGUACAUUACAUAUAAAUAAAAGAACAUUAGGACAAAUUUAAUGUUAUUUUAUUUAUAUGUAAUGUUCCUUUUUUUUGAAGCCUCAUUCAUAUGUAAUGUUCUUUAUUUUAUAUGUAAUAUUCAUUUCACCCAUUCAUUUCCUCUCUCUUCGAUACUCUCUCUCCUCUCCCUCUAACUUCUUCUUCCAUUUUAUUUCUUGAUUUAUAUAGUUUUUAUG